UUCCGGUGCCUGGUGGACGUGGUGCCGGUGAAGAACGAGGACGGCGUCGUCAUCAUGUUCAUCCUCAACUUUGAGGACCUGGCACAGCUGAUCGCCAAGAGCUCCGGCCGCAGCCUGCACCACCGCCUGUCACAGAGCUGGCGUGCAGGUGAAGGUAGGAGGUUGAAGUUUAGUCUCCCGUCCCUCCGGCGACUCAAAGCCCAGCGGAAUUCUCUGCCCACCAGUGAGUUUGAUGGAGUAGCCAUUGACUAUGGAAAGCCUGGUGGUGACUCCCUGAUUUUGAGGGACUUGAAGACAUCGCCCAAGGAGAACUGUGUGCAGUCAGAGACCGAAUCCCUCCUGGAAAAGGAGAGGAGGCCGAGCCUGGAGGCCGACCCCACCCUACAACACCCGAUCCCGAAACAAGAGCCUCCCUCGCUGGGCCCUCGAGGGUCGUAUUCUGCGUGGGGUUUCAUUCGGUCUCGCCCCGGGGGCAGCUUCCACAGCCUCCGCAGGGUCUCCUCCUUGGACAACUUUGAGGCUGCGAGGUCUGAGUUCCAGAGAAAAUUCAGGGAAAGGAGGGCAAACUCAGAGGCUUCCCAUGUGAAACCCAACCCUCCAAACUCCACCUCAGACUCGGACCUCAUGAAGUACCGCACCAUCAGCCAGAUCCCCCAGUUCACGCUCAACUUUGUGGAGUUCAACCUGGAGAAGCACCGCUCGGGCUCCACCACGGAGAUUGAGAUCAUUGCACCCCACAAAGUGACAGAGCGCACGCAGAACGUCACCGAGAAGGUCACACAGGUGCUCUCCCUGGGGGCCGAUGUCCUCCCUGAAUACAAGCUCCAGGCACCACGCAUCCACCGAUGGACCAUCCUGCACUACAGUCCCUUCAAGGCCGUGUGGGAUUGGCUCAUCCUGCUGCUGGUCAUCUACACGGCUGUCUUCACCCCCUACUCAGCCGCCUUCCUGCUCAAUGAGGAGCAGGUGGAGGAGAAGCAUUGGAACUGCAGCUACUCCUGUGACCCACUCAACAUCAUCGACCUCAUCGUGGACAUCAUGUUCAUCGUGGACAUUGUCAUCAACUUCCGCACCACCUACGUCAACAUCAACGACGAGGUGGUGAGCCACCCAGGCAAGAUUGCCAUCCACUACUUCAAAGGCUGGUUCCUCAUUGACAUGGUGGCUGCCAUCCCCUUCGACCUGCUCAUCUUCCGCUCCGGCUCUGAUGAGACCACCACCCUCAUCGGUCUCCUGAAGACCGCCCGGCUGCUGCGCCUGGUCCGUGUAGCCCGCAAGCUGGACCGCUACUCUGAGUAUGGAGCAGCUGUGCUCUUCCUGCUCAUGUGCACCUUUGCCCUCAUCGCCCACUGGCUGGCGUGCAUCUGGUACGCCAUCGGCAACGUGGAGCGGCCCUACAUGGAGCACAAGAUCGGCUGGCUGGACAACCUGGGUGACCAGAUUGGCAAACGCUACAAUGACAGCGACCUCUCCUCUGGGCCAUCCAUCAAGGAUAAAUACGUCACUGCCCUCUACUUCACCUUCAGCAGCCUCACCAGCGUGGGCUUUGGCAACGUCUCGCCCAACACCAACUCUGAGAAGAUCUUCUCCAUCUGCGUCAUGCUCAUCGGCUCUCUGAUGUACGCCAGCAUCUUCGGCAACGUCUCUGCCAUCAUCCAGCGCCUCUACUCGGGCACAGCUCGCUACCACACGCAGAUGCUGCGGGUAAAGGAGUUCAUCCGCUUCCAUCAGAUCCCAAAUCCGCUGCGCCAGCGCCUGGAGGAGUAUUUCCAGCACGCCUGGUCCUACACCAAUGGCAUCGACAUGAACGCGGUGCUGAAGGGCUUCCCUGACUGCCUGCAAGCAGACAUCUGCCUCCACCUCAACCGCACGCUGCUGCAGAACUGCAAGGCUUUUCGAGGAGCCAGCAAAGGCUGCCUGCGUGCCCUGGCCAUGAAGUUCAAGACGACCCACGCACCACCUGGAGACACCCUGGUGCACUACGGGGAUGUCCUCACCACCCUCUAUUUCAUCUCCCGGGGCUCCAUUGAGAUCCUCAAGGAAGACAUUGUGGUUGCCAUCUUAGGGAAGAACGACAUCUUUGGGGAGCCCAUCAGCCUCUAUGCCCGUCCAGGGAAAUCGAACGCCGAUGUGAGGGCCCUGACCUACUGUGACUUGCAUAAGAUCCAGCGGGAGGAUCUGCUGGAGGUCUUGGACAUGUACCCAGCCUUCUCUGACAACUUCUGGAGCAACUUAGAGAUCACCUUCAACCUGCGAGAUGCAGACAGCGUUCCCCGCACACCGCUCAGUGAGGAGUACGACUGCACCUACCGGCGUGUGCGCCGACGCAAGCACUCCCUUUGUCAGCCCAACAAGCCUGACCCAGACACGGGCACCUCUGAUGCAGAGCAGUAUCACACCUACUCAGAGCUCACCAACCCGCAGGAUCCGCUGAGUAAGGACCAGUGGGAUGACGUGGGCAGCAGCACCACCCCCUGUUCCCAGACCAGUGACGAUGAGGCCAAGCCUGGCAGCCCCACAAAAGCUGAGCCCUUCCCCCUGUCCAAAAAGGAUGACUAUGCCCUACCAGCACUCAGCCUCAUCACCGCCAGCGCCAGUGGCACAGAGAUCAGCAAGCAGGCGGCAGAGAGCAGCCAGUCCUAUGCAGCCACCCCCCUAGACAUCCCCAAUAUGUUCACCUUCUGGGAGGAUCAAAGGCCAAACCAUCACCCAGAGCCCCUGCAGCAUGUCUCCUUGGUGCACAGCUCACGGGACAUCCCCCUGCACAGCGACUACAGACCAGGGCAGAUCGAGUCCAGGCUAGAGCUCCUGCAGGCCCAGCUCAGCAGGCUGGAGUCCAGGAUGUCGUCAGACAUUAAUAUAAUCCUCCAGCUUCUGCAGCGCCAGCUGUCCCAAGUGCCGCCCGCGUACAGCCCCAUUUCACCAUCCUCUCACAACCUGGCCAUGUAUGGCAUCGUCCCACGGAGCCUGGAGCCGCUCACCCCCUGUGCACCCCUGGAGGAUGAGCAGCGGAUGGCCCCAGGGCAGAGCCCAAGCUACACGGAGGUAGAAAAAUUCCACUUGAAAUCCAGGGACUCCUUGUCAAGUGGGAUGCACCUCACCGUGGCAUCCGAUGAAACCAUGACGGUCUACUCCGAGCAGGAGCACCACUCCCCACCUCUCCCAAACCCAGAGCCUCCCAACCAAAGGGCACCAAACACCCAGGGACUCUUGCGGGGCUCUCGUUUCCCCUCCCUCCCUGAGCACUUGGAGGCAUCUUCCGAGCACCCGGACAUUCAGAGACACCUCUCCGACCCAGUGCUUCCUGGAAGUUAGAGACGUGGGGGCUGCAAAGCAAGUCAAGAGGAACCUCAACUGUGAGCUCGGUCAGUUGAUGUUGAUUUUGACUGCAGGGGUAAGACAGAGGACAAUGCCAUUGGCUCAGGGGUAUAAUUUGUAACUGUCUUCUGCCACCGUGAAAGGAAGCAUAGUGUGGCUGGCUUCCAAGAUCAACGUU